ACUCAUCCUCAUCAAACCCAAAAACACCGUUGGCUGAUGAACCCGGUGUGGACUCUCCUGUUCGCCCACAAGGAUCAAAGAAGAGCAAGCGAAAAGGUAAGGGAAAAGCACAAAUGUCUGAAGAUUUUAGCGAAAGAAAAUCAUCGGUUGUCAAAAAAUCAUCUCUCAUGGAAGAUUUUAAGAAUGUUAGAGAAAGGGAACUAAUGGAUAGGAAAAAGAAAGAGAAGAGGAGAAGGAACAUAGAGCAAAGAUUAUGGCGAUCAAAGAGAAGAAGUUACAAAUUCAAGCGGCAAUGAAAGAACAAGAAUUACAAACUUAGAGGUAUAUUAAAAAAAUGGAGAUAAAAGCAAAAGAAAGGGAGAUGGAAAGGAUGGCCAAGGAAAGGGAAAGGGAGAUGGAUAUGCAAAUACUUAAUGCUGACACGUCUACAAUGAGUGAAAAAUGACGAGCUCUUCAUGAGAUUGCAUGUGAGAAAAUAAUCGCCAAGUGGUUUACUUAAUGGUUCCUUGUAUUCGUAGAAUUAUGUAGUAUGUUCUUAUUUUUAUUGCGUAUUACUAGUAUGUGAUGUAGUUUGUUUUAUUUAUUUCUGAUGUAAGUUUUAAAUUAGUCAAUAUUAUUGUGCCCUUAUUGUUCAUGAAAGUGACUAUUGCAAAACUAGCCGUUGCAAAACUAGCCGUUACAAAACUAGCCGUUAAGGUACUUAUUGCAGACACACUUAUAAAUAUCAACUAGCAAUGACUCCGCAACUCCACUUCAACUCUUGUUUCUUACCUCGAAAGAGAACUAAAAAUUACAUUUCUAGAUAUGGCUAGAAAUUUUGAUGAUAUGUUUAAUGAGGCUUUGUAUGGCAAAAGAAGACGGCAAGAUAACACACUCAUAGAUAAUUGGAUCGAUGAGUAUUUACUCGAAGAUUCAGAAGAAGAAGAUAUCAAUAGAAGCUCUAUCCCAAUUUCUCGUAGAUGGAUCAACAGAGAUCGAGAAGCAGGACAUGAUCGCCUUUUCCAAGAUUACUUUGCAGAUGAACUGGUGUAUAAUGCUGACAUUUUUCGACGGAGAUUUCGAAUGAGAAGACAUGUGUUCCUUCGGAUAGUAGACGCUCUCUCAAACGUCUAUCCGUAUUUCCAACAGAGGGUUGAUGCAACUGGAAGAAGAGGCUUGUCGCCACUCCAGAAAUGUACCGCUGCGAUACGGAUGUUAGCAUAUGGUGUAGCAGCUGAUGUUGUUGAUGAUUAUGUGCGCAUAGGCGAGAGCACUACAAUUGAAUGCUUGGAAAAUUUUGUUGAAGGUGUCAUUUUGGUGUUCGAGGAUGAAUACUUGCAAAAACCCAAUCCAAAUGACGUACAAUGCCUACUACAAAUGGCGGAGGGUCGUGGCUUCCCUGGCAUGUUGGGUAGCAUCGACUGCAUGCAUUGGCAAUGGAAAAAUUGUCCAAAUGCGUGGAAAGGUAUGUACAUGAGUGGUUAUCGUGGGGUUGCAACCAUAGUACUUGAGGUUGUAGCAUCUUCAGACCUUUGGAUAUGGCAUGCGUUCUUUGGAGUUUCUGGUUCAAAUAACGAUAUCAACGUGUUAGAUUGUUCUCCAGUGUUUGAUGAUAUUCUAAAUGACCGUGCUCCGGAGGUAAAUUAUACUAUUAAUGGUAAUAAUUAUACAAUGGGAUACUAUUUAGUAGAUGAUAUUUAUCCUGAAUGGGCCACAUUUGUCAAAUUAAUCUCAAAGCCACAAGGGGAGAAAUGCAAGUUAUUUGCACAAUACCAAGAAGGGCAAAGAAAAGAUGUGGAACGAGCAUUCAGAGUGUUGCAAGCAUGCUUUGCAAUUAUACGUGGUCCAGCUCGUUUUUGGAAAAAGAAGAAGCUUGCCAACAUAAUGAGAGCUUCUACUAUAUUGCAUAAUAUGAUUGUUGAGGAUGAAAGAGACACUUAUGCAGAAAAUUUUGCUCAAGGCUUAGAGUAUGAUGAUGUUGAAAAUGGCUUAUCACAACCUCAGGUGGGAGAAGAAGAUUUUGCACCAUACCAUCAAUUUCUCCAAAGAAAUGCCCAAGUUCGAAAUAGGCAGCAGCACAGACAAUUGAAAGAGGACUUGAUUGAACACAUAUGGCAAUUUCACAAUGCUUGUCGUCAACUAUAGAGUUUAAUUGUGUUUUUCUUUGUAUUAAGUAAUUUUACAAAUUAGUGUAACCCCGAAUUAUA